AUUCAAAGAAAGCCCGCCCCCGCCCGCGCUGCGCCAGGCCAUCACGUGGGGCUGGCGGGCCCGGGCGUGCGCGCGGCGUUCCGGUUCCGGGCGCGGCGGGGUCGCCAUGGCGAGCAACGCCGCCAGCCUGAACGCCGUGAGGGAGACCAUGGACGUUCUGUUUGAGAUUUCAAGAAUAUUAAACACUGGCUUGGACAUGGAGACGUUGUCUAUUUGUGUGCGGCUUUGUGAACAAGGGAUAAAUCCAGAAGCCCUGUCUUCUGUGAUUAAAGAGCUGCGCAAGGCUACAGAAGCUCUGAAGGCUGCUGAAAAUAUGACAGGCUGACAUGGGAGAAAAUCUCUGCAUGAGAAGAAUGCCGAGUUAAGCUUACCAGGAGCUCUGAAGAUUGCCAGUAUUAAGAAUAAAAAAUUGAAUAAGUGUAUGUGAAGGUUUCAGAGUAUUUCUGUAAUACUUUUCAAAAGAAUGGUGUAUAUAAUAGCUUUGAAAAGUUUUUUAAAAGUUCACCGAUAAUAUUACUGGUAUUUUUGUGAACUGUUUGUGAAUGUAGUGCAAUUGUUUUCUUUGACAUCCUGUACAUUUCAAAUCAUGCCCGAUAUUGUACAUUUGUUGAAUUUACUAGUGUGUACCAACAAGCCUUGUUAGAAUGAGUGCAGUUUUGUUAAUUCAUCCUUUGGAAGUGGUAGUAUAUCAUGGGUUUUAUCUUUUGCUUUGAUGAAAAGCUACAUGUGCAAUUUUAGUCUUGCUUUAUGGUCCAGAUAGGAAUGAAGCCCAUAGUGACUUUAUUUUAGAGCAAGGGCAGUAACUUAAGUCUCAAGCUGAAAGUAAUAAAUGAAGAAUUUUUUUAAUAAUGUAGGUCAUGAGUUGUGCUUUUGAUUUCAAUUCAAAUUGCUGGGAAAAGUGUUUAACUUAGAUAACAGAAGUUUUUCAGCUAUCCAUGUAGAUAUGUAUGUAAAUUUAAAUUCUAGAUGACAUGGAAUGUUUCACAGCGGGCAGAUGCUACAUUUGUUACACCUGUUCUGACUGUAGGAUCUAAAAAUAUUAAGGCUGUAUUGUUACUGCAAUACAAUAGUCCAUACAUGAGAAGCAUCUGGUUUGGUUGAUGAAUAUCAGUAAGUCUUAAAUAGCUGCUUGGUACAGGAAUGUCUUCUCAUUUAGCACUGACAACCUUCACUGAUGCCAAAACAACUUUUAAUGUCCAGUAAGUAUCUCUGCACCCAGGAAUUCUACUUUGUAAGAAGAUGGUUUCUUGUGUGUUCUUCAUCUGCUGCUGUGUAAGUUUUUGGGGGUUUUUUAAAGGUAUUUGAUUUUUUUUAUGCUGUUUUCAAAGUGUAGCACUAAUGGGACCUAAAGCAACCUGCAGGGUUAACAGGGCAAAGCACAUUUGGAAAUGAACCUGGACUCUUAGUUGAGCCAAAAGUUCUAUUUGUGCAGAGAUUAAAAGUUCUUUUUACUUGAAGAGUUUACAUCAUACACACUCUGGAUCAUAGUGCUACAAAAAGCAAUCAAGAAAGCUAAAUACUUCAUAUUGCUGACAAAGAGAAUAGAAAAAUAUUUAUAUUGCACUGAAUCACUUGCCUUUAUUUCCAGUUAGCCUGGCCAAAACAUCAUUCCAGGAAGAUGCUGUAAAUAACCAAAGUGGGGAAUUUUUAAAUGGUUUCAUUUUGCACAUUCAUAGCAGCAAUUUACAAAGGGCUUUAAAUGUUCAUAACGUGAAUAUUGACUGUAUGAAAAGGUAUCAACAAUGAAAUUUAUCUUUGGAAAUCUUAAAAUUCAGUAAAAUAUCCUGAAAAGUCCAGGUCAGAUCAGCACAAAUGAGCAAUUAGCUCUCUUACUUAAUUUUCUCUAGACUCAGUACUACAUGUCAAAAAUGAGACAAGACUUGGGGAGCAUUCUCGCUGGUCUCAGGUGUCACAUCUCAGUCUGUGAGAUUUCUCUUGUGUAACUUAAACUUUGAAAAUUUUCUGUAAACUAUUGCAAAUGUACUCAAAAUAAUAACGAAACUUUAUUAGAA